UCUGAACUCGAACUCUUAAGCUUUAUCUAAGAAAGCUUUGCAAUUUAGGGUUUGACGGAAGAUACGUGUUGCUGAUCUCAACUCGCUUGUUGCUUCAGUUACAAGUCUUGAAAGCUCGAUUCUUUUGGGACACUACCAUGUGGCUGUGAGUUUUCAACUCCACUUAUGAAAGUUGCAACUCUUUUGCUGUGAUAUUGAGACAUGACCAUGUUUACUAUGGUGAUCAUUCUCCUAUUGGUGCUCUUCUUUGUUGGUUCAUCUCUGAGCCAACCAACGCGUACUUGUCACCCCAGCGACUUAUCUGCGCUCAGGGAAUUCGCAGGAGCGUUGAAGAACAGGUCUGUUACUGAAUCUUGGUUCAAAGAUUCGAGUUGCUGCGAAUGGGAGGGUGUGUUUUGCGAAAGGAGUGAUGUUUCUGGUCGAGUUACAAAGCUGGUUCUGUCUGGGAAAGGUUUGGAAGGUGUGAUGUCUGGUUCUUUAGGCGAGUUGAGUGAGCUGAGAUUACUUGAUCUCUCUCAUAACCAACUUAAAGGGGAAUUACCAUCAGAGAUUUCAAAUUUGCAGCAGCUUGAAGUUCUUGACUUGAGCCAUAAUCUUUUAUCAGGGUCAGUCUCACAUACAGUUUCCGGUUUAAAGCUGGUUCAGUCACUGAACAUCUCCAGCAAUUCGCUGACCGGGAAUCUAUCCGGUGUUGGAGUGCUUCCACGUCUUGUGAUGCUUAACGUAAGCAACAAUCUGUUGGAAGGUGAGAUUCAUCCUGAGCUAUGCAGCUCAUCUGGUGAGAUUCAGGUUCUUGAUUUGUCGAUGAACCGUUUGGUGGGGAGUCUUGAUGGAUUGUACAGCUGCAGCAGAUCUGUUCAGCUAUCAAUAUCUGGAAACUACUUAUCAGGAGAGUUAAGCGAGAAGUUGAGUAAUCUCACUGCUCUUAAGUCUUUCUUGGUAUCCGAGAACCGGUUCUCUGGUGUAAUUCCAGAUGUGUUUGGUAAUCUCACUCAGCUUGAGCAUCUUGACGUAAGCUCCAACAAGUUCACCGGAAAUUUUCCUUCAAGCUUAUCUCAAUGCACGAAGCUUAAGGUGCUUGAUCUUCGGAACAACUCUUUAUCAGGUUCUGUUGAUCUUAACUUCACUGGAUUCCUGGAUCUUUGCGUUCUUGAUUUCGCUAGCAAUCAUUUCUCUGGAAAUCUUCCUGAUUCUCUUGGCUAUUGUCCCAAGAUGAAGAUCUUGAGUUUGGCCAAAAACGAGUUCACUGGCAAGAUCCCUGACACGUUCAAGAACUUGAAGUCUCUUUUGUUCCUAUCCUUAUCCAACAACAGCUUUGUGGAUUUGUCAGAAGCAAUGAACGUGCUUCAACAUUGCAGGAACCUCUCGACUCUGAUCCUCUCAAAGAACUUCAUGCACGAGGAAGUACCGAGAGAUGUCACCGGUUUCAACAACCUCGCCAUUUUAGCCCUCGGAAACUGCGGUCUUAGAGGUCAGAUUCCGAGGUGGCUGUUGAGUUGCAACAAGCUGCAGGUUCUUGAUCUCUCUUGGAACCACUUUCACGGAACCAUCCCUCGUUGGAUAGGUCAGAUGGAGUCUCUCUUCUACAUAGACUUCUCAAACAACACUUUAACCGGAGAAAUACCUCAAGCCUUAACCGAACUCAAGAGCCUGAUCCAUCUAAACUGCACUGGCUCUCAGAUAAGUAUCCCUCUCUACGUUAAGAGGAACAAGAGCUCGAGUGGUCUUCCCUAUAACCAAGUUUCAAGAUUCCCACCAUCUAUCUAUCUGAAUAAUAACCGUCUGAACGGUACAAUCUUGCCGGAGAUAGGACGUUUGAAAGAGCUUCACAUGCUGGAUUUAAGCAAGAACAACUUCACCGGGACGAUACCUGACACCAUUUCAGGUCUUGACAACUUGGAGCUUCUUGAUUUUUCUUACAACCAUCUCCACGGUUCCAUUCCUCCCUCUUUUCAGAGUCUCACUUUCUUGUCAAGGUUCAGCGUUGCCUACAACCGUCUCACCGGGGCCAUACCUUCAGGUGGUCAGUUCUACAGCUUUCCACACUCGAGCUUUGAAGGAAACUUGGGACUUUGUCGAGCUAUUGACACUCCUUGCGAUGUUAUGAUGAGUAAUAUCUUGACACCUAAAGGCUCUUCCCGUACUCAUCAUAACAAUGGUGGAAAGUUUGGGAGAAGCAGCAUUAUUGUACUUACCAUAAGUCUCGCCGUGGGGAUCACUCUGCUUCUCUCUGUUAUUUUACUAAGACUUUCAAGAAAAGACGCUGAUGAUCGAGUCAACGACGUUGAUGAGGACGUUUCCAAAGCUCCCAUGUCAUCAUCAAAGAUUGUUCUCUUCCAUAGCUGUGGAUGCAAAGAUCUAACUGUAGCGGAUUUGCUGAAAUCUACAAACAGUUUCAGUCAGGCCAACAUUAUAGGAUGCGGCGGGUUUGGUCUUGUCUACAAGGCCAAUCUACCUGACGGCUCAAAAGCAGCGGUCAAGAAGCUUUCCGGCGACUGUGGGCAGAUGGAACGUGAGUUCCAAGCAGAAGUUGAAGCAUUGUCGCGAGCUGAACACAAGAAUCUCGUCUCUCUUCAAGGCUACUGCAAGCACGGGAACGAUAGGCUGCUUAUCUACUCGUUUAUGGAGAACGGAAGCUUGGAUUAUUGGCUGCAUGAGCGUUGUUGUGUUGACGGGAGUAUGACAACUCUCAAAUGGGAUGUGAGGUUGAAGAUAGCUCAAGGAGCGGCGCGUGGACUUGCUUACUUGCAUAGAGACUGUGAACCUAAUGUUAUCCACAGGGACGUGAAGUCGUCUAACAUUCUGUUAGAUGAGAAGUUUGAAGCUCAUCUUGCGGAUUUCGGGUUAGCGAGGUUGCUUAGGCCGUACGAUACCCACGUGACGACUGAUUUGGUGGGGACGUUGGGCUAUAUUCCUCCAGAGUAUAGUCAGUCUUUGAUUGCGACGUGUAGAGGAGAUGUUUACAGUUUCGGUGUAGUGCUUCUGGAGCUUGUUACGGGACGUAGACCAGUGGAGGUUUGUAAAGGGAAAGGGUGUAGAGAUUUGGUGUCUAGGGUGUUUCAGAUGAAGGCUGAGGAGCGUCACGGUGAGCUUAUUGAUGCAACGAUACGUGAGGAUGUGAAUGAGAAGGAGGUUUUGGAGGUGUUGGAGAUUGCGUGCAAAUGCAUUGAUCAUGACCCUAGAAGGAGACCGUUGAUUGAAGACGUCGUUGCUUGGCUUGAAGAUCUUCCAGUAGAGUCUGUUGAAGAACCUUUGUAA